AUGCGUUUAAAUGCCUCAAUUGAUGUAGCAAGAUUUCUCUUGACAUCGGGAUUUCCAUUUCGUGGACAUGAUGAAAGUGAAGGUUCCGAAUAUAAGGGUGCUUUUCUUGAACUUUUGAAAUGGUAUGGGGAUAGAAGUUUUGAUGUGGGAAGAGUAAUAUUAGGUAAUGCUCCACAAAAUGAUAUGAUGAUUUGUCCGACAAUUCAAAAAGAUAUUGUGGAGGCUUGUGCUAAAGAAACAACUAAGGCUAUCAUUGAAGACUUGGACGGUGAUUAUUUUGGAAUAUUAGUUGAUGAAUCAAAGGAUGUUUCUCAUAAGGAGCAAAUGGCUCUAAUUUUGAGAUAUGUCAACAAAAGUGGAAUGGUGAUAGAGCGAUUCUUGGGGAAUAUGAAACGUGAUUGUCCUUAUUAUCUUGAUAGAUUUACGGCGGAAAAUCUUUUGAGCAAGAUUCAUGAAUUUGAAUUUGUCUUUAUGUUGCACUUGAUGUUUAAGGUGUUGCUAUUGACGAAUGAGUUGAAUAAAGUUUUACAAAAGAAAGAUCAAGAUAUCGUUAAUGCUAUGGGAUUGCUUGACCUUUCAAAGAAACGAUUGCAAAUGAUGAGAGAGGAUGAAUGGGACUCUAUGAUGGAUGAGGUUAGCUUAUUUUGUGGUAAACAUGGAAUUUCAAUUCCCAAAAUGAAUGAAGACUACUCUAAUGGGAAGUCGAAGCGUAAGAGGUCCAAUAUUUCAUAUUUGCAUCACUUUCGUGUGGAAGUGUUUUAUGCCGUCAUUUAUUUGGCACUUCAAGAACUCAAUAAUCGUUUUGAUGUGGUGACUAGUGACUUGCUCCUCGGUAUGGCUAGUUUGAGUCCGGUUGAUUCAUUUGCUAAUUUUCACAAGGAUAGGAUAAUGAAACUAGCCGAGUACUACCCAAGUGAGUUUGGUGAUAAAGAGCUUCGGGAACUCAAUUUUCAACUUGAUGAUUUUAUUGUCUAUGCUCAAAAGUGUGAUAGCAAGUUUCUCAACUUGAAGGGAAUCAAGGAUCUUGCAAAAGUGAUGAUAGAGACAAAACUAGAUCAAACUUGGUCACUUGUGUAUCUACUUGUGAAGCUAACUUUGAUUAUUCCUGUUGCUACCGCAAGCGUGGAAAGAGCAUUCUCAUCAAUGAAGUACAUAAAGAAUGAUUUGCGUAAUAGGAUGGAUGAAGAUCUUUUGAAUGGUUGUUUAGUUUGCUAUAUAGAGCGUAGUAUAUUUAAAAAUGUAAGUAAUGAAUCCAUUAUUGACCGUUUUCAAAAUAUGAAAACUCGUCAAGGACAAUUGUAA